AUGGCAUCAGAUGAUGUUUAUUUUGUUGACACUGGUCCGAGAAGUUUUUUCAAUGGAUCCAAUUGGUGGUUGCCCCCAAUGGGACAAAAUAAUCCAGUUUUACAUGCAGCACGAAUACCGUCGAAUGAGGAUAUUGCUGUUAUGGAUGCUGACAAUGCUGGCCAAAUGCUUGUCGAGACUAGUGGAUCAAUCAAAUCCUUAGAAUUCUCAAACCAAAAUUUUAGUGCCAAAUCGUUUGAUCAUUUACUGAAUACAGUUGAAAUGCGAUUCCAGUUUCUGCUUGGCAUAGAAUAUAAUUCCGAACACGACCGAUCAAAUGAAUCACCAAAAUCGCUAGUCAAAUUAUUCGAUGAUUCACCUGCCUAUGACAACUUAGCUGGCCAAUUUAAUAAAAAUUUGGAGUACAAUGUAAUGGCUGCAAUAUGCAAGUAUGAAACUUGUACAGUGCGAAAUGACAACGUUUGCGACAACACGAUUAAACCAGUGGGUCACUGCUGCAAUAUUUGUGGUUCCUUAGUGAAUUUUAAAAGUUUAACAGUGGAUUUUAAUAAGAUGCGCUUAGUGCUUCGAAAUUUCGAGCUAAAUAAUGAUCUCGUAAAACAAUUCAACUUAAGCAUUUCUUUUUUGCGAACGGACAAUGAAGAUCACAUUCCUCAUUAUCAGAUUGUAGUCCUCAAUCGCGCAAAAGAUUGUUUGGAUCAUACAAUUGAUUCACCUUUCAAAAAAAGUUUAGAUUUAACUAGUCCACUGCAUGUCUUUGAUGUCGAAGAAUUUCAUUCCAUUGCGAGAAAUAAAUAUGGUGCACUUAUCUCUGCGUCAAACAUUUUUAUCUUAUUAUCCAUCGUGAUAUUUGCAUUAGCACUGAUGACAAGAUGUAAAAAAGUGAAUAUCAACUUCAACAGGCUUCAUACAGCUACUAGCCACUCUACUGCAGUAUACUGGGCAAAAAAAAAAUCGUAUAAUGAUGAACAGCUCGAACUUAUGAACAAUGAUCAAGCAGGACCUUCAAAUGAUUACAGUAAAGAAGUAUGA